UGAAUUGGUGACGCAAUCAGAGAGCGCAGCAGUGUGGGGAGAUUCAUCUGGUUAGACACGGUGCUGCUGCUGCUGCUACUACAAUGGGCUUCCUGGUGUUCGUGCCGGUUCUGGGGUUGUGUUGGGGAUUUGCUUGUAGUGUAGCAUACGAAGCAGACUGCGAAGUGUGUACAGAGUAUUUGGACAGAUUUUACCACGCAUUACUAGAAAAAAAUGCUGAUUUUACACCAGCAGUCAUAGAGAAAGAGCUCAUUGAAGUCUGCGGAAAAUCUACUGGAAAGGAGAACCGUUUGUGCUAUUAUUUAGGGGCCACCAGUGAUGCAGCUACAAAAAUUCUGAGUGAAGUUACCCGACCUAUGAGUGCCCAUGUGCCAGCCAACAAAAUCUGUGAGAAACUACGAAAGAUCGAUAUGCAGAUAUGUGAGCUCAAAUAUGAAAAGAAACUAGAUCUUGAAACUAUGGACCUCUCCAAAAUGAAGGUGGCAGAUCUCAAGAAGAUACUCUAUAACUGGGGAGAAACAUGCAGAGCCUGCAUAGAGAAAACAGACUUUGUGCAACUCAUAAGGGAACUGGCUCCAAAAUAUAAAUGAGAAGCCACAAAUGUAAAGCCUUGCAUUUAUAAUAUUUAAUUUCCCUUUUUUCAGUUAGACACCUGUAAUAAUAAAUCCUGUUAUCACUCUCUGUAUAGCAGCAAAUAAAAAGAAUGGCUCAGGAAUAUAA